GCUCCAUCCUUUACGUGCUUAACUACCUACAGCUCACACACCAGUACACAGCUAACUAGCACACUAGAUCUCUAGAAGAAGCUCCAGUCAGCUAGCUGCUGGGAGCUACUAGGACCAACCAAUCAUCACGAGAACCAUGGCGCACAAGCUCCCCGCCAUUAUUCUCCUCGGCACCCUCGCCGUCCUGCUCUCGUUCGCCGCACCACCGCUGGUGCAUGUGGUCGCCGGCGACCCCGACAUGCUCCAGGACAUCUGCGUCGCCGACUACAAAUCCCUUCAGGGCCCGCUGCGGGUGAACGGGUUCCCGUGCAAGCCCGAGGGGAACGUGACGGCGGACGACUUCUUCUUCGGCGGGCUGGCGAAGGCCGCCGACGUGUACACCGGCAACCCGAUGGGGUCGGCGACGACGGCGGCGGACGUGGCGGCGCUCCCGGGGCUCAACACCCUGGGCGUGUCCAUGGCGCGCACCGACUACGCGCCGUGGGGCGGGGUGAGCCCGCCGCACGCGCACCCGCGCGCCACCGAGAUCCUCUUCGUCGUCGAGGGCACCCUCGAGGUGGGCUUCGUCACCGCGGCGGGGAACCGGCUCCUCACCCGCACCGUCGCGAAGGGCGGGGUGUUCGUGUUCCCGCGCGGCCUCCUGCACUUCCAGCGCAGCGUCGGGGCGGCGCCCGCCGUGGCGGUGUCGGCGUUCGACAGCCAGAUGCCCGGCACGCAGACGGCCGCCGCGGCGCUGUUCGGCGCCGCGCCGGCGGUGCCCACGGACGUGCUGGCGCGGGCGUUCCAGACCGACGGCGGGGUCGUGGAGAGCAUCAAGUCCAAGUUCCCUGACGCCGUGUGAAUUUUGUGACGUGGUUCGUCGAAAAAAAAAUUUGUGACGUGCAGACGUGGCGUGAGCUCAAUCCAUCCGUCCGUGGGCAACCCAACGUAACUGGGCAGAUUGGCGCGCCCGUUCAGGAAACAAAAUGUUUGUGGCUUUUAUCUUGCGUCAAUUUGUCAAGGUAACUGUAUUCUUUUUUGUCUAAAGUGAUCAAUCAUAGAAGACGCAGUCGAGUCUUUAAUUUC